CUUCACUGCCACUCACUCCAGUACAAAUUCCACCAACCGACCGCACGAUGCUAAGGAUUUGUUCUGUUUAAGUUGAUGGCGCACUCGUCCCUGCCGCAAGUUCGCCUCGAUGUUGCGUUUCGCUCGCGGCCUCUGCUCCCGCCUACGCCGCCGCGGUCGCGCCCUAGCCGCCGCGGCCCCCUCCGCACCGAACGACGGCCGACUCGGCGAAGGCAUCGCGCAUCGCACCGUCUUCGUGAACGGCAUCAACAUGCACGUUUCGGAAAAGGGCGACGGGCCGGUUGUCCUCCUCCUCCUCCACGGCUUCCCGGAGCUGUGGUACACCUGGCGUCACCAGAUGCACCGCCUCGCCGCGCUAGGGUAUCGCGCCGUCGCGCCCGACCUCCGCGGGUUCGGCGACACCGAGGUCCCGGCCGACCCCAGGGAUUACUCCAUUUUCCAUAUUGUCGGCGAUCUGAUUGAGCUUAUUGAUAAACUCGGCCAAGAUCAGGUGUUUGUUGUGGGGCAUGACUGGGGUUCAAUGGUCGCGUGGAAUCUGAGUAUGUUCCGGCCGGACAAGGUGAGGGCGAUGGUGAAUCUGAGCCAAGCCUUCACCCCUCGGAGUCCAUCAAGGAAGUCACUUGAGUACCUGCGGUCUGCAUUCGGAGAUGAUUACUACAUCUGCAGGUUCCAGGAACCUGGAAAAAUAGAAGCAGAAUUCGCUAGCUAUGGCACUGCAUGGGUUCUCAAGAAAUUUUUGACAUAUCGUAAUCCAGGUCCUUUCUACAUUACCAAAGAUCAAGGAUGGAGUUUACCUUCUGAAAUCCCUUUGCCUUCUUGGCUUUCUGAAUUUGACAUUGACUACUAUUCUAACAAAUACGAGAAGACUGGUUUCACAGGAGGUUUGAACUAUUAUCGAGCUCUUGACUUGAACUGGAACCUUACUGCACCAUGGACUAACGCGCGCAUAAAUGUACCUGUAAAGUUCAUCGUCGGUGAUCUAGACUUGACCUAUCACGCACCUGGUGCCCAAGAUUUCAUACACAAGGGCGGUUUGAAGAAUUUUGUACCAUCACUCAAGGAAGUAGUUGUCAUGGAAGGAGUAGGUCACUUCAUCAACGAGGAGAAACCUGAUGAAAUCAGUGAGCACAUUUCAGAUUUCAUCAAGAGUUUCUGAUAUUCAGCUUUGAUAUCUGCAUUUGAUGAUAAGUUGUGGUCGGGUCUCAUGAUUUAUGCUCUAAUAAGAUGCCCUGAAUGAUGUAUUUGUGUCUGUUAAUAAACUCGAGGUAGGUCAACCUCUUGUUACUAAAACAUGAGUGUUUGAACUGAUACAAUUUAGUGAAUCAAUACUACAUGAUUGGAGUGUCGCUAAUGUGAA